AAGGUGAAAGGACCGUUUACUUCUUCCCCUGCUUGGUUUGGACGAACAAAACAGUCUCUACUACCUCUCUUUCACUUAUCUCUUCCCUCCUUUCCGAUUCCUCAUAUUCCAUGGCACACAAGCUUUUCAACGAGGAUAUUCUUGAGCAACUGAGAAAUGGAACUGCGAAAUUUGAGCUCGUUUCUUCCGCUGUUCCUUCAGUUGCUGCAACUCCUAACCGGAACAAAAGCUUAUUUGGAAUUGGGAAUUGUAGCACUCUCUUUUUCGCUAGAAUUGGCUCAUCCUUUGGUGGACAGUCUCCAGCAAUGAAGAAACUUGAGCGUUUUUCAGUUCAGAAGGUUACAGGAGAUGGACGGUGUUUGUUUCGUGCAUUGGUCAAAGGAAUGGCUUAUAAUAAGGGAAUUGUUCUUAACCAGCGUGAGGAGAGAGAAAAUGCAGAUGAAUUAAGAAUGGCUGUGAAAGAAGCUGUAUGUGAAAAUGAAGGUGACCGCAAUUUAUAUGAAGAGGCUCUCAUUGCCAUCACAGUUGAUGAGCCUCUAAAACGUUACUGCCAACGAAUUGGGCGAUCUGAUUUCUGGGGAGGAGAAUCAGAGCUACUGGUACUGUCAAAGUUAUGUAAGCAGCCAAUCAUUGUGUACAUACCUGAGCAUGAGCAUCGAGGUGGUGGUUUGGGAUCUGGUUUCAUUCCCAUUGCGGAGUAUGGAAGUGAAUUUAAAAAGGGUUCUAGCAGAAAAGCUGUGAGGCUAUUGUACAGCGGUAGGAACCAUUAUGAUCUUCUGCUAUGAAGAGGAGGAACUGUAUGAAGCAGAAGGAAAAAAAUGAGUGGAAGAUUCAAAUGCCCGUUUUGUAAUGUUGAUUUUAAACGAAGUAUGCCAAAAAUGAUUUUGAGAUGAGACAUAUAAUAGAAAAAAAAUGAAUUGUUGCCGCAAAACAAAUAAAAAUAAAAAUGAAUUGUGCUUUUUUUUG